AUGUAUACAGAACAUUUUAGCGAAUCAAUUGAUAUAAGACCGUCUUUUUCAAAAACAAAACCUGGAUCAAAACGUUCGGCAGAAAAAACAAGUGCAUCAUACAGAGAUAAUAUCAGCGAACGCUUGAGAUCAGAAGAUUUUGAUGUUGAAGUAUUUAAUUCGCUAACAUUCAGACAAGGAGAUGGCGUUGUGACAAUAAAGACGCCUUUUGAAGAAAACGGAAAGGAUCUUUGGGUGCUAAGUCAUUAUAAGGUUACUAACAUCGAGAAUGUACCAGUAAAGGACAGAUGGAAGUUCAGUGAAGCUACUGUUAGAUUGUACACGACCGACGAAUCAAAAGAUCAAACACUUCAUACUGGUCUUAAUGAGACAAUGCAAAUUAUAUUUGAUAAAUUACUAACCGAUCCAAAGCGUCAAACUAUUAAAAGCAAGACGGUUGUUUGAUUAUUAUACGGAAAAAUGAGUUUCAUUUAAUAAAACAAAAUAUUAUUAUA